AUCCAACUCGGUUCAUCCGUCAUUGGCAAGGAUGACAAGCUAUGUCGUCCCGGACUUCGAACAGCGGCCACGAUCUCGGGCGUAUACUACCACCUCGCCCCAAGUGGGCCAGCCGCGCCAGCCCUCCCGAUCCCGCUCCUUCACCGUUGACCAACCGCUUCGCGCUAUCCCUCCCCCAUUGCCGAGGAGCAGUACCUCUCUCAACCUAGCUUCUGCCGGAGUUGCAGGGAAGGGCGUAAAACCGCCUCGUCCACCUAGGAGUCCGAGAAGACCGAUGGAGGAGGAUAUGAGGUUUUUGCAGGAGCUGACGGCCCUUGUGAGCCAGGAGACGGAACAGAGCUUUGAUGGUCUUGGAAGGGGGGCGCAGAUGGGAGAUUUGACAGAGGAGGGGGAAGGAGAUGCUGAUGACGAUUGGGAAGGGAACGAAAACCAGAGGACAAGGAGACAGAGAGACUCAGUGAAGACCAGACCGAGCAUAAGUACCGCCUCGUUCUAUUCCGACAGUUAUUCUCCGCUUGAUUCAGCUCGUCCCAGCACGGACACCACGGAUACGACGGGCCAAACGAGUUCUGCGCGGUCCUCGCAGCCGCAGGUAAUGUCUCUGGUCAUUGGCACAGGUCAGACACUCCUGGCCUCCGCCGACAUGAAAAAUCAGGAGGUGUUGGAGGACCCGAAAUUGUGGGUUGAUGAGAACCCGGGCGCUGAAUACGAUGGAAGUGAGAGGAGGAGGUUGGAAGCAAAAGAAAAGAGGCAUAGGUGGGCACUGGCGUUGCCUCCUGAUGAGCCUGCGGCCGCUCAAACUAUUAACUCUAUGAGCGAGGA